CCUCCCCCAAUGGAAUCAAUGCAUCUCUUUCCACAACGAGUCACUUCGAGGAUUUCUUCUUCAUAAGGCCUCGAUUUCACUUUCCCGCUGGCAAACCCGAGGGGGCGCACUCCUGCGGAAAGCGACGGGGCGUUUCCUUUUCCUUCGCGGAGUCCUCCUAGAAGAACUGGGCGACGCCGGGCCGACCCAGCUCGGGGGACAGAAGCCAGGAUGGAUGAUCAAAUAUGGUAUUUGAGAACAUCAAAGCUGGCUCUGGCCUUGGCAAUUAUCCGCUCAACACCAGCAGACACAAGCAGCAGAGAAUAUACAGAGCACCUUGCAAAGGUGGUGUCUGAGCAGGAGUCAACAUGGAGAUCAAAAGUUCAAGCCUUGGAAGCUGAAGUUCUGCAAUUACGCCACAAACUUCUUCUGAGCAGGAUGCAUGCGGGAGUGUUUAAGAGUGGCGACCCAUCUUCUCAGUUGCAGGCUCAGGAACCCGGAAGUUCUGAAAAUACAUUAAGUCUGCUGGAAGAUUCUGGGUGUGAUUUAUCAAAUGAGCAGAGAAGUGAGCCUUCAGAGAUGACCCAGCAUCUUGUGGAGAGCUGCACCCCCACACCCUUUCUACCACUGCCCAUUGUGAAAAGACAUUGUACCACUCAGGAAAAUCCUCUGUCUUCCCACAUGCAAUUCUUGCAACAUCUACUUGAACUGAAGAACUUGACAGAAUCAGGGAGUCUGAAAACAGACUUAAGCCACUUUGAAAAUGACUUUUCCACAGUAUCUGAUUCUGUUUUUCAGUUGCUGGAUGGCCUUAUCACUUUUUACCGUAAACCCAAAUUUCCUUUUUCAAGCUUUUGGGCAGAAGCUGUUAAUACGUUAGCCAGACUGAUCAGUGAUUGUAACUUAUCUAAUCAUAUUCUUAAAAAGUGUUCCAAGAAGUUGGAAGAAUUUGAGAAAACCCUACUACAGGUUAUUUUAAGGAGCAACCAUAUAAAUCGAUUUCAGGUGCAGCAUUACGUUUCUCAGAGUCUGGUAACCCUGGGAAGUUGCAGCUUGUUGAGAAAAUCUAUAAUAUCUCUGCUUUUAUCAGAAAUAAACAGCUUCACUGAUGUUCUGGGUACCAUCGAUCAGGUUCACGCCGGUUAUGUGACACACUAUGAAAAUAUUUUCUCCCUGUUCUGGGUUCUGGAGCAGCUUCUUCAAAAGGAAACCAAAGAAGGCAACACAUCAAGUGUAGGGCAUGAUGAUCAAGAAAUCAAGAAAUUUCUUCAAAAGCAUGAUGAAACUAUUUUCCAACUCUCUGAUGCGUUUCCUUUAUUCACUUUUUAUUUAUGGAGACUGGGCAUUCUCUUGAACUCAGUAGAAACUGUUGAAAGUAACUCACUUCCUUAGCAAUUUACUAAAUGUCAGAAGCAUACUGAAGUAUGAAGAUCUUCUGCUUAAAAGAUUUUCAAGUAUAUUUUUUAAAUGAGCAUUUUAAGUGGAUCUCUAAAUAUAAUCAUUCAAUAGGUUUAAAUUGUAUAUAAAAGAUUAUGAGUCCUAUUUCUAUACUAAAAUCAGUCAGUUUCAGUUGAGAAUGUCCUUAUUUCCAUGUAACUGUAUUUUACAAUAUGUUACUCAAUAUAGUCUAGCUCUAUUAUUCUCUAUAAUGGACCAUUAAUUGUCUAUCUCAUAAACAGUAUUUACAUUUUAAAAGAUUUACAUGUAAUAGAUAGUAAAAGGCAACAGAAGAGAUCUUAAAGGUUUUGUUACUUUGUCAAAACAAUCUCUAAGUGGUUAUAAAUGAAAUUUUUAAAACUUUGUUCUUACAUAGUUUCAUUUACACCUUUGUCUAUCAUCUUAGAGGAUGAUUCUUUAACAUUUAUAAACAAAAUGGCCCUCAAUUUCAUAAAAUCAAAUUAUUUGUUAAGUCCUUUGAAAGUACGAAUUCAUUGUUUAAAAUGUUUGUUUUUCAAGUAUUUGUUUUGAUUCUGUUUAUUAUGUAUAAUAUUCCGGUUAUUGUUAAAAUGUAGUUAAGUCAUGUAUAAUUAUAUCAUUAAGGAUAUUUUUACAAAUCUAACAUCUGCCCAGAAAUAUACUUAUUGAAAGUAUAUUUAUACUUAUUAAAUGUAUUAGUUGAAUUUGCCAGUUACACAGUUUCAUUGACUUUAUUUCGAUUAUUAAAUUCAUAACCAACUAGCUUAAUGAGUACACAUUAUGUACUUACCUAUAGUGCAAUUUAGGACACAACAAAUACAAAUUUACUUUAUUAUUUAUGUGUGAUAUUGUUUCAUAAGUUAAUUACCAUUCCUAAAUGCCAUUGGUAUUUUAAAAAAAUGUAUAUAAAAUCAUAUCAUCAUCUGCUAUGGUUAUUUUUGGAAUUAUUUCUGCUUUGUAGAAAAGAAAGCCUUUUUUAUAAAACUCAAUGUAUAUAUCAGUCACCUAUUAUGUAACAAACUACUACAAAAUCUCAGUGGCAUACAAUAAAUAUUUCUUGAA